ACAGGCGUGGCUCAUUUCUUUUGUUGAUUUCAAACACUGCGAGAAAUGGAGAUCGGUGGAGAGACUAUACUACCUGGGGCUCCAGUUAGCGUGAAGUGGCUUGAAGAAUGGUAUGAAGGAGAGAUAUUGGAAAUGGGGCGUCAAAACGAUCUCUUUAAAAUAAAAGAUACAGGUACUGAGCUGGCGGUAUUGCUUGAGAAGUCUCAGUUUAAAGUUAUUGAUGCAUCAAAGCCAACACACGAGCAGUUCAGCCCAGGAUCAGAGGUUGCAUACUAUGACAAUGGACUCUGUAACUGGCUAACAGGAACUAUUGAAGAUGAGUUUACAGAAGAAUCAGUUCUUGUGAAAUGGAAGAGAGAGCCAGCAAUGGAUUCCAAUAUCAACUGGUUUGUGGCUGAUAAUGUUGCUCCAGCUAUACCAAAUGAAGCCGAAGUUGAUGAAGCUAACGAAUCAAAGACUCACAGUAAAAUCCAACUGCCCAGCAUGACGAAAGAAGUGUCUCUAAGAGAUGUUCUUGACGAGGUACCGAGACACAGGAAGAACUCAAUGUAUCACGAAACAAUGACAACCAUUGAUCACCAGCCAGUGCCAUCCAUCAAUCCACAGGCUAUCCCGUUUCAGAACAAACUGCCAACAUUUGACAAGUUUGUGGAGGAUCUCAACACUCAGCAUCACGUCAAAGGCCACCGUACAAGUGUCUCAAUGAAGAGAUACUAUUCUGAGAAUUUCUCCAAAGGCAAAUCUCAAAAUAGCGAUCACAAAUUGGAGAGGUACCUUCAAAACCAAGCGGCACUCUUGCAUGGGAAGGUAGACCACAGCAUAUUACCCCCUGUCUGGUCUUACGUUGGUCAGGCCAAGGGGAUACCCCAUCACCCUGCCUCAAGGUUCUUUAGACACGUCCGCUCUGCCACACACCUAACUAAUGCUUCUGGACAAUACUACGGGAGUCAAGGGUGGAUUAAAAAACCUGGUUACCGUCCUGUGAAGAGAACCAGAUCUGAGCAGUUCCAGCUCUCAAAGUCACCUUCUGUGAUAUCUGAGGCUAAUUCUGAGCCUUCUCCUUAUGCUCAACUAAUUGUCCCUGGAAGAUCUCGCAUGAAGAGACAAGACAUGUCAAACAGGCCAUUACCAGCUCUUCCUGAUGAAGAUGAAGGAGAAGAACCCAAUGCUAGUGUGCUUAGUGCUCCUUAUGAAGUACCUCAAUCGCUGUCUUCUCCUGCUUCAUGGUCAAACCUACAUCCUAAAGUACAGCCUAACAAUUACUCACAGCAUUUGGAAAGUCUUGACGAGGUUAUGGACAUUGAUCCAAAUGUCACAACUCCUACCAUCGUAUCGAGUAGUAAAAGUGAGAUGAUGGUCAGUGCUGGAGGGACCGUCACUCUUUUCUGUGAAGCAAGCAGCGACACUCCAGUAACCUUUGAAUGGUCAAAGAAUGGACAGAAACUAACUAGCAAUGAUGAUCGUGUAGCGUUCCCAAGACCAGGUAGCCUGCAGUUGUAUGGUUUGUGUAUUGAUGAUGCAGGAACCUAUCGAUGCACUGUUAUCAAUCAAGGAGGAGCUGCUAUAUAUAAGUGUAACCUUUAUGUUGAAGAAGAAUCCUUAAAAAGGAGUUUCUCUCGAGAAGACAAUCUGGAUAAAAUAGCCAAGCAAAUGCCUGUACCAUACUUUGAUAACCUUUACAAAAGAGCUGACGACCACUCCUUAACAUCAGUUAGUGAUACUGAUGAUGAUGAUGCCUUUCACUCACAAGCUCCAGCAUAUGAUGACUAUCCAUUAACUAUGGUCCGUCACACCCUCUCCCUAGCUUCAAUGGGGGCCACAAUACAAGACAUAGACAAUAAAGAUACUGCAGUGUUAAUGGAGACCCCACCUGUGGCAGAGAAGGUAGCCAAGAAAGAGAAGAAGAGGAAGAUUAAGAAAGAAUCAAAGAAAGCACGCAAGGCUGCUGCAGAGAAAGAUAAAGAGAGAAGAGUGAGCAAUGUCUUGAUGAACGAAGUACAAGAUUAUCUCGGAGGCUAUGGAGAAGAUUAUGGACAAAUGACAGAUGAGAUGAUACUUUCAAGUGGAAUUGAACCGGACACAAAGGAUAAGAAAGACAAGAAGUCAAACAAAAAGAAACCAAAAAAAGAAAAGAAAGCAAAAAAGAGCAGCAAGACCAAAGUGAAUCAAGAGAAAGAGACCUCUCCUAAAGCAAAACAAGUUACCAUAUCAACACAAGAAGAACUCAUUCCUCCACUUCCUCCUCCUUUAAUGGAAGAAGAAAUGAUAAGAGAAGAAGGAGAAGGAGCUCCUGCUGAUGACCAACAUAUGUCUCCUCUUCAAGGAGCAAGGAGCCGAGACAGUAUUGACGCACAUCCAUCAUUUGAGAGCUUGUUAGACGAUGAUGAGGAAGAGCUUGAGAGAGAGGCUGGUGAAGGAGAAGAGAGAGUAACACCACCAGAAGAGACAGAACACUACACAGAAGGUGUGAGAAGAUUGCAAGAAGCAAACGAAGAGUAUGAGGAACAGCACUUUGGAAAGGGUGAGAAGCAAAAGAGCCAUAACAAUAAACGUGGACCAUUCAGUAAACUUUUCAAGACAAGCAAAGAAGAAAACAUGCUAACAGUCAUUUAGUUAAUGGCUUUGAUUUUAUUUCAUUUUGUAUACAUUUUAACUUUGUAGAUAUCAAAACAAA